AUGGCACAAGUGGCGGUGGCGAACUCUGAGCCCAACCUAGCAGCCCUCACAGAUUCGCCGCCUCAGAAGAGAAAACGACUCGGAGAGUCCUCUCCCUCAGAUCUUCGCCAUCCCAAACGGAACACCAUGGGAAGUCCAGACCCCACAGAUGAAUAUGGCAGUGCCAUCGACACUGCGCAAGCUGCCGCAGCUGGCGUAAAUGUGUCUGAUUUCAACGCCCUCCAGCAGGCCGCAGCUGGCGCAGACCACAGCGAUGCGACUGAUCCAGCAAACGCAUCGAGUACUGCAGCUGCGGCCCUGGUCUACCCUACGAUUCACGCACCUCAGCCCUCGGAGGAGAACUUUGCUGCUCAGCUGGCAGUAGAGGAACGACACCACGAGAUACCGCACUACGGUCACGAUCAAGACACCCUCCACUUGGACCACCCGGUCUUAGCACCAGCUGUAGGCGGUCAGCAUAAUGGCGUGAUGCGGCAAGACAUUCCUGGAGUCCACCGUUACUCUACCCCCAAGCCCGCUGUUGGCUCUGAGGAGUGGCACAAAAUGCGAAAGGACAACCACAAGGAAGUCGAACGCCGCCGUCGUGAGACCAUCAACGAGGGCAUCAACGAGCUGGCAAAGAUCGUGCCUGGAUGCGAAAAGAACAAGGGCUCCAUUCUGCAGAAUGCUGUUCGUUACAUCACCAAGUUAAAGGAGGACGAGCAACAGGCGAUCGAAAAGUGGACACUGGAGAAGCUCCUCACCGAGCAGGCCAUCUCCGAGCUUAGCACUUCCAACGAUAAGCUCAAGGCUGAGUGUGAUCGGACCUACCGCGAGCUCGAGGCGUGGAAGCGAGUCGCUGAGUCGCACGGCCUCUCCAUCGACGAGGGACACCACAUGAAUGGCGGCCCCGACAUGGGCGACGCCAAGUAA